CUGUUGUUUAUGUCACAGAACAGGUUGGUUUACCGAUCAUAUCUUGACUGAGCAAGGAGGGUGACAGUUAAACAGUUGAACCAAAAUACCUUGGGCGGGUAGUAUGAAGCUGUGCUUCUACAUUCCAUAACCCUAUGUGCUGUGAAACAGAGAGCUCUUCCAGAUGGCUUCGAUCCUCCCCUGUCUGGGUUUGUUUUCCUCUCUUCUCCCUUCAGCGUGAGGGUGGUAGGACUCUACCAUUCACUGGGGCUGAAAUGGGGGCUGAAAAAUGAGCUGGCUCAGAGAGCCUUUGAAGCUCUAAGUUGCUGUCUCCCCCUGUGUUUCCUCACAGUGGAAUGGUCGUGAAGUUGAGGUUGGUGGGGGAGGCAGAGCAAGCAGUUCUAGAAACCAGCUGAUCACUUCUGUGGUAUUCAGCCAGAGAGUGAGAGCGUGACAGAAAGCGAAAAAAAGAAAGCAAUUCGGUAGAGAAAAAAAGAAGAAGAAAUAGGGUUGACAAAGAGAAAGCAGGUUGUACCAUUUAUAUUUGGUCAAGGUUAAAGGUUGAUCAGGUUAAAUAAAUGUUUCUUACCUAUUCAUGGAUUUGGUGGCUACUAUGUGAAGAAGUAAACAUUCUGGAGGUGGCACAUGAAGAUAUGUAACCUGCAACAGAGUAUGUCUUGGUUGUCACCCGCAUCAUGGGCCAAGUGGACUUGGACUGCAGUGCGAGGAGAAGAGGAGGGUCAGGAGGAUGAAGAGGGCCAGGAGGCCAGGGUGAAGGAAGGACUGCGCAGGGAGGAUUUGGAGGAGGACGAAGAGAGGUCUCAAGGGUUCAGCUCUGACUCUGAGAGCCAUUUUGAGACCCCUGAGGCAGAAACCCCGGUGCACUCUCUGCUAACAGUUCCAGAAGACCUGGAGUUAGCCCUGACCAUAGCAGAUCAAGGCCAUGAAGAAGAUGAACAGUUAAUGAUCGAAAGUUCUGUUGGAGCUCUUGGUGUCCCUCAAAAUCCAGCCAUGGUUCAGCUCAAAAACCUUUUGGGCCCCAUGAAAAACCCAGUGGACCAAAAUGGGCCUGUGAUAUCACAUCCCACAGCACAAGCAUCAGAGUGUCAGCACCCUGCUGUGACAUCACAUCCCACAGCACAAGCACCAGAGUGUGAGCACCCUGCUGUGACAUCACAUCUCACAGCACCAGAGUGUGAGCACCCUGCUGUGACAUCACAUCCCACAGCACAAGCACCAGAGUGUGAGCACCCUGCUGUGACAUCACAUCUCACAGCACCAGAGUGUGAGCACCCUGCUGUGACAUCACAUCCUACAGCACGAGCACCAGAGUGUGAGCACCCUGCUGUGACAUCACAUCCCACAGCACAAGCACCAGAGUGUCAGCACCCUGAAGGAGACAGAGAUCUAGAUACUACUGCACCAAUCAGCAUGGCAACAGACUUUCAAGAGGACCACCUUCUGACUUACAGAAAUUCAGAGACACUUGAUAGUGGACACCCUAAUCAAACUUAUUUUACACUGAAAGUAAAACCUACAAAAGUGAACUCACCUUUACCAAAGAUAAAAGGGGACCUAAAUGAAGCUCCACAUGAAGUCAAGGACCAUAAUAAACUAGUCCCUGAGGUUAACAACCUUGACCAGCUUGAUGACAGCUUCAACCCCUUCACUAGUGGAGAUUCCAAGAUCCAAAACUCCCCUCCAUCUUGCUUUAACAGUUCCCUGUCUAAAUUAGAGUGUCCACGUAGUUCCCUGCCAACAUGUGAGGCUGGUGUUGUUCCUGGAAUAGAUGUGGAGGUCAAGCCAUGUAGUGAGGUUGAGCUCAACCCUGUUAUCAGUGAGAAUGGGCUUGGCAAUGAUGGAGCCAGUAAACCACUGCCAAAGAGAUUCCUUAAAAAGCCACUGAGCAAGCUCCCAUCAAAGAAACAGAUUCCCCAAACCUCAAAACCAACAUCAGAAUCUAUUACAGUGCAGGUUUCUGAAUUGUCCGUGUCUCAAAGUUUGGAUGAUAUACCUAUUCAGAAGUCCGGCUAUAAUUGUGACCCCAGUCAGUGGGAUGACCCUAAUUUUAAUCCAUUUGGAGGAAGCAAUAAAGUGAACAGCCCCCCAACGCCACCCAAGGGGUCUUACAGCUUUGAUCCAGAAUGCUUUGAUGAAUCUAUAGACCCAUUUAAGCCAUCAAAGACCUUAGAUAAUGAAGUCUCCUCUAAGGCCCCCCAUUCACAAGAGAAGCCUGUGAUCCACCCCCCAGAAGAGGUUAAAGCAUGCCCAAAGAAACGCAAGGACAAGAUUACUACAAAAUUUAGAAAUACUAAGAAGAAUGAAAAACAAUCCUUGGUUCUGGACGUCUACAGUGAGGAAAAGGAUGGUGUGAUAUCCCAGGUUCCAGAGAUCACCUACCAUGUGCAAUAUGCCACAGAUGAGGAAAAGCUGGCAUCCAAUGAUAUCAUGACCCAGCAAGCCGAGUCACAGGAAGAGAAACAUGUCUCAGAAAACAAAAGCAAGGCAAAUGCAGGUAUUCUGGAUGAAGUUGUUCUAUCUCCUGCAAUGCCUUGGAUACGAGAUUCACUGGAGGAGGAUACUUGCAGUCUAAAUAAAGAACUGUCAGUUAGCCAAGCUUCUAAGGGAUUGGGAAGCAAGGACCCGAACAAAGGAAGUCUCUCCCUGGACAGCAUGCUGCUCAGUGAAAUGGACAAAGCAGCUGAGCUAAGCCAGAUCAGAGAGGAGAUUAUCAUUAAAGAGAUAGAAGCCAAUCAGUGGAAGAGAAAAUAUGAGGAAAGCCGAAUGGAAGUUAUGGAGAUGAGAAAAAUUGUUGCAGAGUAUGAAAAAACCAUUGCACUAAUGAUUGAGGAUGAACAGCAUAAAACCAUGGACUCCCACAAAAGUGUGCAGCAGUUGAUACUGGAGAGAGACCAGGCCAUGGCAGACCUCAACUCUGUGGAGCGCUCCCUUUCAGAUCUGUUCAGGAGAUAUGAGAACAUGAAGAAGGUCCUGGAGGGCUUCAAAAAGAAUGAAGAGGUUUUGAAAAAGUGUGCCCAAGAAUACCUGGUCAGGGUGAGACAAGAGGAGCAGCGGUACCAAACACUCAAGAGCCACGCAGAAGAAAAACUGGACAAGGCAAAUGCAGACAUUGCCCAGGUGCGUUCCAAGGCAAACGCAGAGAGUAUUGCUCUAAAUGCCAGUCUUAGAAAAGAGCAGAUGAAGGCAGAGUCCAUGGAGAGAGCCUUGAAUCAAAAGAAUCAAGAAAUCGAGGAGCUUACCAAAAUAUGCGAUGAACUUAUUGCAAAGCUUGGAACAUUAGACUGAACACUUCUCUAUACUGUUCCUUUUACAUUCUCCCUAAGCUUUGUGUAAAAGCAGUGUUUCCCAAUUUCACCAAAGCUUGCAGACUGUAUUGUUUUACAUAUGAAACAUUGCUAUCUACAGUUUCUAUAAAAUAUUUGAACUGUAAUUUGGACUGAAAUUUUAAUGUCCCUCCCCACCCUGUGAAGUUGCACUCUACUCAAAAUUUUAAGUAAAUGGUAAAGGGUGUAGAAAUGCACCCUUCUUGAAGAAAUUUUAAGAAUCUGUUGGAAAUCUGUUGAAAGCCUUAAACAAGUAUAUCCUACCAAACCUUUCCAAUUGUUCAAGAAAAAACAAUCAAGAAGACAGCGAAGGUAAUAGUUGCAUUUCACAGUGGAAAACUCAAUAGAUGUAAUACUGUAACACACUAUCUUCACUCUUUUUUUCUUUAGAAACAUCUUCGCUUGUCAUUUGUGUGCCAAAGAUUAGAUGUCAUGCAAAUUAAUGUAAUUUUAUUUUCCACUAUACAAUACUGUACUCAUGUAAUAAGUGUCUGUGCUGUUUUGGUAUUCUUUUGUAAUAUCAAUGGUGUGAAUCAACAGCAAUGUCUUUCAUUUAUAAAUGAGUCGCAAGACUGUGUUGGAAUAUUUGGUUCAAGUGGAUACAAUGUGCUUUUCCUCUAUUAUUCUUUGCUUUUGCUUGACUUUUUACAAAUGAUUAGCUAUGUUUUCUUCACUUAAAUCUAACAAGACUGGCUUUACUAGUCAAUCAGUAUAGUAGGUUGAUGGUCAUGAACACAUUUAUAACUGGACUUAUCACAAUUCUCUGUCAUUUUUACAUGAUGUUAUUGUGCAUUACAUAUAUGCUGUGAAAGCAAGAUGAACGUAUUACAAAUAUGACAUUUAGCAUUUUUAAAUAUAGAACAGUUUUAUGUACUUAAAAAAAUUAUGACUUAAUGUAAGGGUUCUCAAACCUAAUCACCUUCAAGCCCAAACCCAACAACUACUCCAAACGUUUGCAGAAGUGAGCUGCUGUAUACAGUACACCAUGUAACAAUCCUAGGGAAAAAUCAGCAAAUGUUUGAUUGAGCACAGUUUAGUACAUAUGAUAAAAAAAAUUAAAGAGAAAAGGCCUGACUUAAAACUUGGGUGAAUGUUGGUGAGCAGAUGUGUUGUUAUAACUGGUGGAUCACAUCAAUAUACUAUAUAUUUUCUUGACUCAACCAACUUGGGUGCUUGCAUAAAAAGUAGCACAUGGUGGGGGAAACCUGAUCAUGUUUGAUUAACUGCCAAAUGUUGUGAUUGAGUCAAAUUAAAAGGUUUUCAAAAGACAGCAUUCACAAAAAUGUUGUAUGAUGUGGGCAAAUGUAUUUCUAUGUAAGUGUACAUUUUAUACCGUUUUAAAGUAUUUUCUGUUUUUUUUCUGUUCAUAUUUGUAGAGUGGAAGAAAAAAAAACUUGCCCAGAUCCAAUGCUGUUUGCUAAUACACAAUACUGUAUGUGCAUUUUGGGGAAAUUAAUCACCCAAAAUAAAGUUAUUGCAGCAGG